UCGGGUGUUUGAAUGAUGGCAGGCGUUGAAGGCGGGCAUUUGAUGCGAGUGAAAAUACACCGACGGAACUACCGUACCUCUUCUCCUCCCCGCUUCGUGUGAUAGUUGACCCAUGUUUGUGACCCUAAGUUGCCAGAGUCAAUUCCAAGCUGCAACCGCACAUGCCGCGAACUAAUCGCUACCUAAUCAGAACGCUCUCCUCUGAUCAGACACCAUGGCGUUCGAAGCAGCCAUUCAGCAACUCAGCCGCUUCUCAGUCCGCCGCCGCAACGCGCCCGCCACCCUCCCAGUCUACGAGGCGCUCCCUAGCCACGACAACAACAACAACGACGCCCCCAGCCCCCCCACAACCAACACCAACUCUGACUCUCACGAGACCUAUCCCCCCUCACCGUCCUGUCCCUCAUCAGCAUCCACAUCCACCACAUUCAUCACCGGCGUCCCCUGCCCCCGGGCCCCUUUCAAACCAUGCCCGCGCAGCAACACCGCUGGAGACGGUGCUGGCGCAUCUGGGAUGGCAUGGAUGCGACUGCAGCGCUGUCGUGGCGGAGGAGAUGCAGAUACCGCGGCCGGCGGGGGAGGAGCACCUAAGCGGUGGCUUUCCAGUCUGGACCGGGCUGUCGGUCGCGGUGGGAUAUCUGGUCGGCGGUGUCAUCCUGUUGUUCCCCUACUUUUUUGGGGCCGAUGUGGGAGCCGGUCUCUUGUGGAGCUUCUCUGUGUGUAUUGUUGCCUUGAUCGGGUUCGGCUUUGGGAAGGAGUUCGUGUUAAGCGAGAGCGGCAGCGGAGCGCCUGAUAAGAGCAGGACUCCGUGGUCCAAGAUCCGCUCCAGCGUCUGGGAGGGCCUGCAGAUGGUGGUCCUGGGCGGCAUCGCGGCGCUGGCUGCCUGCGUGCGCCUAUUUAACGGCGUGCUCUAGCCGAGGAGACAACCAGAAUCGCGCGGAUAGCGAUUCAGCCGUCUCUUACAACGUGGCGCCCUUACUCAAAAACCAGCCCCGGACCUCAUCGAUGCCCAGCAAGGCGGUGAGCAUGAUGCGGCCGUAGCUGUCGAUAUCGUCGGGCUCGGCCUCGAGCAGGAUAUCCCCAACGCCCGAGUUCGGCACCAGGAAGUGCUUCCUCUGGCCCCACGCGACCGCGAACUCGACAGGGUCGGCAGCC